AUGGACCCUUCAAUCAAAGUGAAGGUCAUUAUUGCUCAGAUUCAGGCUUUGUAUAACUACACAAUUAGUUAUAGAAAAGCUUGGUUGGGAAAAAAUAAGGCAAUCGAACAAAUUUAUGGCAAUUGGGAAGAGUCUUACAAUCAACUUCCACGAUGGUUAUUAGUUAUGCGAACGUUUGCUCCAGGAACCAUUAUUAAAAUGGAAACAAUCCCAGCUUAUAAUGAACAUGGUUUGAUAAAUGGGAUGACAAUCUUUCAUAGACUAUUUUGGGCUUACGUUCCAUGCAUAUCUGCGUUUAAAUUUUGCAAACCAAUUGUGCAAGUUGAUGGAACUUGGUUAUACGGAAAAUAUAAGGGAACUCUAUUGGUAGCAGUUGCACAGGAUGGGAACGACAAUAUCAUUCCAAUUGCUUAUGCUCUUGUGGAAGGUGAGACAAAAGAGGCUUGGGGGUUUUUUUUUAGAAAUUUGAGAUCACACGUCACUCCACAAGCCAACAUUUGUUUGAUUUCAGAUAGACACGAAUCUAUCAAAAGUGCUUACAAUAAUCUCAAUAAUGGGUGGCAACAUCCUCCGUCAAAGCAUGUGUUUUGCGUCCGACAUAUUGCACAAAAUUUUGCAAGGGAAUUUAAGGAUAAUGCUUUGAAGAACAAGGUUAUUUCUAUGGGUUACUCAAUGAAUGAGUCUACAUAUCGAUACUACCGCAGAGAAAUUGGCAUCGUAAACCCAGAAGCUUUGAAAUGGUUAGACAAUAUACCGCGACAAGAUUGGAUUCAAGCAUUUGAUGGAGGUAGUCGUUGGGGUCAGAUGACCACCAACCUUGUGAAGUCGAUGAACGUAGUAUUAAAAGAACCACGCAACCUUCCCAUCACUGCUUUGGUCCAAUCAACAUAUUAUAAAACAGGUACACUAUUUCCAACCAUGGCAAAACAACACGCAUCAAUUUUAGCUUCUGGUCAGAUAUACACAGAAAAAUGCAUGACUUUUAUGAAAUCGGAAAUACGUAAAUCAAAUAGUCAUAGAGUCGAUUGUUUUGAUCGAAGCAACCACACUUUCAUGGUCCACGAGACAGUAGUUCCAAAAGAAGGGCGACCAAUUGGUCAUUUCAGUAUAAAUCUUCCCAACAAGUGGUGCGAUUGUGGAAAAUAUCAAGCUAAACAUAUGCCUUGUUCACAUGUGAUAGCAGCAUGUUCUAGCAUCAAAUAUGAUUAUUGGAGCCUUAUAUCCGAAGUGUACAAGGUGGAAACAGUACUUAAAGUCUACAGUGAAGCGUUUCAACCGAUACCAAACGAAGGAUAUUGGCCACAAUAUGAAGGUGUUAAGGUGUGUCACAAUCCACUAAUGCGAAGAGUCAAGAAAGGUCGCCCAAAGACCAAGCGCAUUAGAACAGAAAUGGACACUACGGAUAGAGUCCCAAGAAAGUGCGGAUUAUGUCGGGUAUCUGGUCAUACUAAGAAACAUUGUCCAAACGCUGCUGGCACAUCUACUCAAAAUUGAUGUAUUUUUUUUCUUUUAAUUUAAUGU